AUGUCAGCCAAUAGCUUGGACCAGCGCCGGCCCAGCAUAACGCUGCGCACAAGACGGCACGCCACCCUCUCGACAAAGCUCCAGACAAGCUGCGCACUGCAGGGUUGCAGUGACAUUUUGGCGCCAAACCCAUUUCACCUCAGAUCCAGUUUGCCAGCAUGCAUCUGGCCCUGCCAUCCUUGGCGCGCUGAUACGGGCUCCUCCACAGACCCUUUCACGCCCAUGCAUCAUGUCGGUAACAGCCCCAAGACAGCUCAGGCACCCACAUGCACGCUCACAAGGAACACCCUGAGGGUGCGCGCAGACAUGAGCGAUCGUGGUUCGCGCUUGCUGCCGCCAAGCUGCUCGUUCUCCCUCUUCUCCUUCAGCAGCGCCGCCGUCGUCUCUGUGAGCGCUGCAGCCUGGGAGUGGGCCGCAGCCCCACCCAUCUCAAACUUGUUCUUCGCCAUUGGGCCCACCUCCUUCGCUUGCGAGAUGCCGCAACCCAUAUCGCCAUCGUUGCCACUGGCGCUCAUGCCCGUCCUCCUGGCCACGCGCGCACGUGCUGGCAUGUGCUGA